AUAAUGUAACUUUGUGUACCCGUUCAACAAGUUGUGCAUGUUACUCGUCCCUAAGUUAACACACUCAAGAAUUUGUUGCACCUAUAAUGCAUUACCCGUACAAAUAUUGCGAACGGAACAAGUGUUAUUCAUGAACUGCACAUGCACUUCCGCGUAAAAUUUACUGCGUAGUAAUUAGCUUGUACUGCAUAUCUUGUGAUUUGACUGAUUUCCUAUAGCGAUAAAUGCUAGUCAUGAGAUGGGUUGGUAGCUGACACAUAAUGUUAACAUAUAUCGGUUUCCACGCAUCCCUUUUGUACGGAACGCCAUGGACGAUAUAUAUCUUGGAUUUGCUUGAAUGUAUGGACUAUUUCUCCCAAAUGGCAUCAUAUAAUACUGGAUAACGCCUACCGAUAGGCGAUCGCCAUAAUAUAAUUUUUUAUAAAAGCCUUUUCUAAAGUGAGAACACCGAAAAGAAUGGACAAUAAAGCAGAAGGCGCCUGCGGUUCCUGGGGAAUUAUGCUAAGCAGGACAGAGCACCAGAUUUUGGUGCUCAACCGUUAUAACAUGCAAAAAUCUUUGCCGAGGGAAAGAUGUGCGGCUGACAUUCCUCUUCACGAGUGUUCUGGCAACAGAAGUAUAGCGUUGGAGGACCCAACAGAGAAGCAGGAUAGCCUGAAAACGUUGGAAGGCAAACUCGUUCAUUUGGACAGAUUCGAAGGAGCUGAAACCGCCUCUGCCUGCAUUGUUUCAACGUUUAAUAGAGAACGGUCCGAAAUGAUUAAGGACAAGCAGAAUGUAGCCGAGAAACUGGCCCAGAUCGCUUCGGAGACAAAGCAUGUCCUCAAGCAUCUUAAACCGGUUUACUUAAAGCCAAUUACGGAGUUGAUCAUUCUUACCGAAAGCGAAAGUGACUUUCAGCCGUUAGCCGCGCUAAUAACUACCAGAGAGUUCCGUGUAACGUUGGUACCGGAAUUCACAAAGCAGAUAUUAAGCGGUCUGUGCGAGAUACACAAACACGGUAUCGUGCAUAAGGAUAUCCGGUGUUCAAAUAUCCUCGUGCAAAAACACCGCACAGGAGGAACUAUAACAUUUAAACUGAAAAUUGCCCACUUUGAAAAGGCAUCACAUUGUACUCGGGAAUCAGACCACAACAUAAUAUAUCCCGAAGGAUCGUCGCAGUUUGCUUCACCGGAAAUGCAGCAGUUGGUGUUUGGUGCGGACAAGUCGACAGUCAGAGUGGACACAGCGACGGAUAUAUUCAGUCUCGGCUGCACCAUCAUUGAGAUGGUAGAACGCCGUCCACCGCGCUGGGUAUACGAGCAGGCCGGACAGAUGAUGCAGUAUAAUUUCAGGGUUGAACGUACUUUGACGGAUUUCCUUGUUAAUCUGGGCACGUUACUGAGAUGUGAAGCCCAACCGGAUGCCAGUUUUUUGGAGCAAUUUCCCAGCGCCUCUGAUUUUGUUGCGGCAUGCCUAAUGCGAUUGCCGGCUAACAGGCACACAUGCAAACAACUGGAAGAACAUACACUGAUUACGGGACUGCAAAUGUGAUUUACUUUACGCUACUGUCGGUAAAUUCCAUUUGCAACCAAACACACCGCUUCCAAAAAGAAACCAAUCUGUGAAAUAUUUGAGAAAACCGGACGCCUCUUCGAUGUUUUACACGCCACUGUAUCAUCUGGCACCAAAUCGCUGGCUGACAGUGACUGAUACUUUAACGUCAGCAGAUAUAAAUUUAUCGUUUCAUUCAAAGAACUAGGAAUAUCUUUUUUAGACUGCUGUACUGAAUAUCUCCUGCUUAGCGCACACAGAUUCAUUCAGCGUCAGUAAACAAAGAGUUCUAAUUGUUAUUCAUAGCAGUUCCACUGUUAAUUACAAACCCAUCAGGGGGUAGCUUUGAUAAAAACGUGCAUAGUUAUUGAAAGCUGAUCAUGGCUUUUUUUAUCAUAAAUUUAUGGAUGUUUUUUCGUUUUUACGUACGCCAGUCGCGUAUAUGGUCAGUUAUAUACUAUACGUACGUCCAAUAAAACUAGCCUGUCAA